GGCGCCCUCGGGCAGGGCGCAGGGGCAGCGCCUCGCUCGGGCGUCGGAGGCUGCGGGACAGCAGCUCCGGAGUAGCUGCUGCACUUUUGUUUGUAUUGAAUUUGAGGCUGAUUACAAGGAAGAGGGAAUGAGUAGGUUUUUUGAAGACUGAUGUCCAGCCAGGAUGACUCUGUCUGAUGCGGAAGCCAUGGAGCUGAACUGCAGCGAAGUACCUCUUUAUGGGCAGAUGACGGUCUAUGCGAAGUUUGGCAAAAAUGUUUAUCUUCCUAAAGAUGCCGAGUUUUACUUCAUUUAUAACGGAUCUCAUCAGAGACACAUCGUGAUUGCAGAGCGCACAGAGGAUAACGUUCUCCAAUCCAGCGUUCCAGGCCACAGGCUUCAGGAGACGGUGACGGUGUCUGUGUGCCUCUGCUCGGAAGGUUACUCCCCUGUGACCAUGGGCUCUGACUCCGUGACCUAUGUGGACAAUAUGGCCUGCAGGCUGGCUCGUUUGCUGAUCACCCAAGCCGAUCGCCUCACAGCCAGUAGCCACCAGACCUUGCUGACCCCAUUUGCCCUGACGGCGGGAGCAUUGCCUGCUCUGGACGAGGAGCUCGUGCUGGCUCUGACCCAUCUGGAGUUGCCUCUUGGGUGGACUGUCUUGGGAAAUUCUUCACUUGAAGUGUCUCUACAUAGAGAGUCUCUUCUGCACCUGGCUGUGAGAUGGGGCCUUGCUAAGCUUUCUCAGUUCCUCCUGUGUCUCCCUGGAGGAGUCCAGGCCUUGGCUUUACCCAACGAGGAGGGUGCCACGCCAUUAGACUUAGCUUUACGUGGUGGAUGCUCCAAGCUGUUUGAAGACAUCACAAACUUCCAGGUCAGACGUUCCCCAGGUUUCUCCCGAGUGCAGCUCAGCGAAGAUGCCUCCCUGCGGUAUAUUCACUCAUCAGAAACACUGACCCUGACGCUUAAUCACACAGCCGAGCAUUUGUUGGAGGCGGAUAUUAAACUCUUUAGGAAAUACUUUUGGGAUAGAGCCGUUCUCCUCAAGGCUCUUGAAGAGCAAGAAGCCAGGUCAGAGGAAAAAUCAGAUAUGCCCUCCAGCACUGCAGAAAACGAAGAAGAGAUUAAGAAUUCGGUGUCCAGCAGAUCAUCGCCUGGAAAGGAGAAUGUAAAGCGUGUGAAAAGCCCGGUGGUUCAACUGAAUGAACAUGAAGACCAGGACAGUCUAUAUUUGGAUCAUUCCUUUGAUGUCCUCAAAAAAUCCAAGCAUCCCCCAACGUUCCUUGCUGCUGGCCGGCUUUCUGACAUGCUGAAUGGCGGUGAUGAAGUCUAUGCUAACUGCAUGGUGAUAGAUCAGGUUGAUGAUUUGGAUAUUAGCUAUAUUAAUAUAGAGGGAAUCACUGAAAAUACUUGCCUUGAAUCCAUGGGUUCCACUCUGGGGCCUCAGAGCAGCAAGUCCAUCCUUCCUACUGAAACCAGCGCUGGCAUGUACCCACCAAAUGAGAACACAGAAGUCACAUCACACACCGAAGCCCAACCAUCUUUCAUGUCACCAUCUAGUUCAUAUGCUUCCAGUUUGAAUCUUUCUUUUGGUCUUCAUGGAUUUGAAAAGGAACAAAGUCAUCUAAAGAAAAGAAGUUCCAGCCUUGAUGCCCUGGAUGCUGACAGUGAAGAAGAGGGGCAUUCCGAGCGGUUGCGCAUUUGCUACACUCCAGUGUCUCAGAGUUCCUCGAGAACUGGCAUUCCUAGUGGGGAUGAAUUGGACUCUUUUGAGACCAGCACUGAACCAGAUUUUAAUAUCUCCAGGACUGAAUCACUCUCUUUAUCAAGUAGCCUGCAGCUGAAGGAAUCAUUGUUUUCUGGAGUCCGCUCACGUUCUUAUUCCUGCUCAUCACCCAAAAUUUCUUUAGGAAAAACUCGAUUGAUCCGUGACUUUACAGUGUGCAAUUCAGCUGAAGAGCAAAGAGCUUACAGCUUACCGGAGCCACCAAGAGAAAAAAGAAUUCAGGAAGAAGAAUGGGAUAAAUACAUCGUACCUGCCAAAUCAGAGUCUGAAAAAUACAAAGUGAGCCGAACUUUCAGCUUCCUCAUGAACAGGAUGACCAGCCCUCGGAAUAAAUCUAAGACAAAAGGCAAGGAUGCCAAAGACAAAGAGAAACUGAGUCGACAUCAGUUUGUCCCUGGAACAUUCUCUGGGUCUCUGCAGUGUUUGGUUUGUGAUAAAACGCUCCUGGGAAAAGAGUCGUUCCAGUGUUCCAACUGUAAUGCAAAUGUACAUAAGGGCUGUAAAGAUGCCGCCUCUCCGUGUACCAAGAAAUUCCAAGUGAAAUAUAAUAAGAACAAACCACAGACCAUCCUUGGAAAUUCUUCAUUUAGAGACGUCCCACCUCCUGGGCUCUCCUUGCACCCUUCUUCCUCCAUGCCUAUUGGGCUGCCGACCGGGAGGAAGGAAACAGCAGGGCAAGUCCAUCCAUUGUCCAGAAGCGUUCCAGGCAUGACCUUGGAAAGCUUCAGGAGGUCAGGGGCAUCCUUGGAGUCUGAAAGUGAUGGGAGCACCUGGAGAAGCAGGUCUCAGUCUGAUGAGCUUUUCCAGCCCAUGGGCUCACCUCCCUCCACAGACUCCUUCUUAAUGGAAGAUGUCGUGGAUUCGUCUCUGUGGAGUGACCUCAGCAGUGAUGCCCAGGGGUUUGAAGCAGAAUCUUGGAGUCUGGUGGUGGACCCCUCCUUUUGUAGUAGGCAGGAGAAGGGUGUCAUCAAAAGACAGGAUGUCAUUUUUGAGCUAAUGCAGACAGAAAUGCAUCACAUCCAGACCCUGUUCAUCAUGUCCGAGAUCUUCAGGAAAGGGAUGAAGGAGGAGCUGCAGCUUGACCACAGCACUGUGGAUAAAAUCUUCCCCUGUUUAGAUGAGUUACUUGAAAUCCACAGGCAUUUCUUCUAUAGUAUGAAGGAGCGAAGGCAAGAAUCCUGUAUCGGCAACGAUAGGAAUUUCGUCAUCAACCGAAUCGGAGAUAUUCUAGUACAACAGUUUUCAGAAGAAAAUGCAAAUAAAAUGAAGAAAAUAUAUGGGGAAUUCUGUAGCCAUCACAAGGAGGCUGUUAGCCUCUUUAAAGAACUCCAGCAGAAUAAAAAGUUUCAGAAUUUUAUUAAGCUCCGAAAUAGUAAUCUUUUGGCUCGACGCCGAGGAAUUCCAGAAUGCAUUCUGCUGGUCACUCAGCGCAUCACAAAAUACCCUGUCUUGGUGGAAAGGAUAUUGCAGUACACAAAGGAGAGCACUGAAGAACAGAAAGACUUAUGCAAAGCUCUUUGCUUAAUUAAAGACAUGAUUGCAGCUGUGGAUUUAAAAGUCAGCGAAUAUGAGAAAAAACAAAAGUGGCUUGAGAUCCUAAAUAAGAUUGAAAACAAAACAUAUACCAAGCUUAAAAAUGGCCACGUGUUUAGGAAACAGGCACUGAUGAGUAAAGAAAGGACCCUGUUAUACGAUGGCCUUGUUUAUUGGAAAACCGCUACGGGUCGUUUCAAAGAUAUCCUAGCUCUGCUUCUAACUGAUGUGCUGCUCUUUUUACAAGAAAAAGACCAGAAGUACAUCUUUGCAGCUGUUGAUCAGAAGCCAUCAGUUAUUUCCCUUCAGAAGCUCAUUGCUAGGGAAGUUGCGAAUGAGGAGAGAGGGAUGUUUCUGAUCAGUGCUUCAUCUGCUGGUCCUGAGAUGUAUGAAAUUCAUACCAACUCCAAGGAGGAACGGAAUACCUGGAUGAGGCGGAUCCAACAGGCAGUAGAAAGUUGCCCAGAAGAAGAAGGGGGAAGGACAAGUGAGUCUGACGAAGAGAGGCGGAAAGCUGAAGCCAGAGUGGCCAAAAUUCAGCAAUGUCAAGAAAUACUCAGUAACCAAGACCAACAAAUUUGCACAUAUUUGGAAGAGAAGCUGCAUAUCUAUGCUGAACUUGGAGAACUGAGUGGAUUUGAGGAUGUCCAUCUAGAGCCCCACCUCCUCAUUAAACCAGACCCUGGAGAGCCUCCCCAGGCAGCCUCAUUACUGGCAGCAGCACUGAAAGAAGCCGAGAGCCUUCAAGUUGCAGUGAAGGCCUCCCAGAUGAGCAAUGCAUGUCAGUCACCCAAGGAAGGUUGUGGAGAACCUGCUUUGCAGGAUGUGUUCAGUUCUCAGGACGCAUCCGGAUCGCCUACUGCUUCACUAGUCACAGAAGGGACAGGAGGAAGAGGCUGUUGGGAUGUGGAUCCUGGGACCCAGGGUGUGGGAACCGACCUGGCGGUCUCUGAUGCAGGGGAGAAGGUGGAAUAUAGAAGUUUCCCAGGUUCUUCACAGUCAGAGAUUAUACAAGCGAUACAGAAUUUAACCCGUCUCUUAUAUAGCCUUCAGGCCGCCUUGACCGUUCAGGAUAGCCACAUUGAGGUCCACAGGCUGGCUCUCCAGCAGCAGGAGGGCCUGUCCCCCGGCCCCUCUUUCCGAGGCAGCCCCUUUCAGGACCAGGAGAAGCACCGAAGCCUGGAGAAGCGGCAGGAGGAGUUGGCCAGCCUCCACAAGCUGCAGCAUCGGUUCCAGCAGGACCAGCAGCGCUGGCGCCGCAGGUGCGACCAGCAGCAGCGAGAGCAGGAGGCCAAGGCCAGCCGGCUGCAGGAGCGCGAGAGGCAGUGCCGGCUGCAGGAGGAGCUGCUGCUGAGCAGCCGGGGGCAGCUGGACCAGCAGCUCCAGGAGUACCAGCAGAACCUGGAGCGGCUGCGGGAGGGCCAGCGCCUGGUGGAGAGGGAGAGGGAGCGGAUGCGGGCCCAACAGAGCCUGCUGCGUGGCUGGAAGCACAGCCGGCAGAGGAGCCUUCCCGCGGCGUUGCCUCCAGGAGGCGUGGAGGUAAUGGAACUUAAUCAAUCUGAGGGUUUAUGUCAUGAAAAUUCACUCUUCAUCAAUGAAGCUUUAGUGCAAAUGUCACUUAACACCUUGAACAAACCGACUCCAGCAGAUAUCCAUCAGGAUGCCACUUACCCCCCAAGUAUAUCUCAUUCCGAUUUGGUAAGGACUAGUGAAAAUCAAGUAGACCUCAAGAUGAACAUUUCUCAGCCCUUGGAUGUCAGCCAUGAACUGUGGAUAGCCGCUGGGUCCUGUCAUCAGAUACCCCCUCUCCACCAGAGCAGCAAGGAUUCUUGUAAAAAUGAUUUGGAUCUCUCUCAGACUGCAUACCCACCCCCCCAGGACUCAAAUCCGCAUGGCCCUCAGCUGCAAACGUUCAUAGCAGAAGCAAAGCUAAAUCUACAGAGAGUAACCAGACAAGAUGGGGAAACUGGAGAUGGAACAGAAGAAACCAUUGUUUACCUCUAAUUGUGUUGUUAUUUUUCCAAAUGAAACAAAAUACUGGCAUUUUGGGGAGAAUUGUUUUUUCCUUUCCUGAUGUGUGUGUGACUGUGUCCAAAUUGCUUUAGGAGUAAUGUUUAAUAUUUCGUGCAAGUUUAUUUUGGGGGCAUGAGUCUAAUAAUUAAAUUAUUGAAAACAACUCUGUUGGUAUCAUCAUUAACUUAUCACACCUAAUUCCAGACUCCUGGAGGAGAAAUUAACUUAGAUAAGCAGAAAUAUGUUCAAAGUUGUUAUGACCCUAGAGUAAAAUUCCAUAUUGUAUUUUCUACGGGAUCAUUUGGUUUUUGAAAUGCCUUUUAAGAUCUAGGUGAAGCACUGUGGAUGGAAAGUGAUAUAAUUGGCAAAUUUUCACAAUCACAGCAGCAGAUUAGGGGGAGUGAACUCAGGGCCCUCAAAGGCGAGGAGGAUGUGGAAAAGGACUUUUCUUUUCUUGGCUAGUCUUUGGGACAUCAAAGGGGUCACUCCUGGUGGUGAGCUGUCACAGUCACCAAGCAACCGAGGUGCCCUAUUUGGACCCCUGUCCUAACCAGGUGGCCACUCUGCUGUGGACACAAUCUGGACUCUUGGGACCUGGGCCAGAGACUGUUCAGAUGCACCUUCGUGGUCCUAAUGCUUGUGGGCUUUGAAGUCAUAGUUCAGCAGCAUCUUUCAACACAGCGAGAGGCAGGGCCCCAGCAAGUCAGUUCGAGGUAAACUUUAGUAGCGACACUUUGCUACUGAAGUAAGACUUUAUUAGCCCUUGCUUCUCUCCGCUGGCCCUGCCUCCGUCUGGUCCCAGGAGCACCAAAGACCACCACUCACGGGAAGGAUCGCUGCCCAGCAGUGACUGAAGGACAAAAACUGCUCUCUCGGUGAAGCUUGCUGCCUGAAUGUGCUCUUCCACAAAGGAAAACUGGCACAUCUUGCUUUCAGGGUAAUAUGGGUCUCUGUGUGAGAAAAUAAACCAGGAAAUGUUUUCAGUUUGUUCUUCAGAAGUAUUUGUGUAUAUUUUGGUCAGUGUCAAUAAAUAUCUUUUA